GCGGCUGAUGCAGAGCUUUAAGGAGUCGCACUCGCACGAGUCGCUGCUGAGCCCCUCGAGCGCGGCCGAGGCGCUGGAGCUGAACCUGGACGAGGAUUCCAUCAUCAAGGCCGUGCACAGCAGCAUCCUGGGCCAGGAGUUCUGCUUCGAGGUGACGACGGCGUCGGGCACCAAAUGUUUCGCCUGCCGGUCGGCGGCCGAGAGGGACAAAUGGAUCGAGAACCUGCAGCGCGCCGUGAAGCCCAACAAGGACAACAGCCGCCGCGUGGACAACGUGCUGAAGCUGUGGGUGAUCGAGGCGCGCGACCUGCCGCCCAAGAAGCGCUACUACUGCGAGCUGUGCCUGGACGACAUGCUGUACGCGCGCACCACCAGCAAGGCCCGCACCGACAACGUCUUCUGGGGCGAGCACUUCGAGUUCAACAACCUGCCCGCCGUGCGCACCAUCCGCCUGCACCUCUACAAGGACACCGACAAGAAGAGGAAGAAGGACAAGAGCAACUACGUGGGCAUGGUGAGCAUCCCCAUCGCCAGCGUCACCGGGCGGCACUUCGCCGAGCAGUGGUACCCCCUGAGCCAGCCCAGCGGCAGCAAGAGCAAGGCCGGGUGCCCAGCGCUGCGCGUCAAGAGCCGCUUCCAGACCAUGAGCAUCCUGCCCAUGGAGCUCUACAAGGAGUUCGCCGAGUACGUCACCAACAACUACCGCAUGCUCUGCGCCGUGCUGGAGCCCGUGCUCAGCGUCAAGAGCAAGGAGGAGGUGGCCUGCGCGCUGGUGCACAUCCUGCAGAGCACCGGCAAGGCCAAGGACUUCCUGUCGGACAUGGCCAUGACGGAGGUGGAUCGCUUCAUGGACCGGGAGCACCUGAUCUUCCGGGAGAACACCUUGGCCACCAAAGCCAUCGAGGAGUACCUGAAGCUCAUCGGCCAGAAAUACCUCAAGGACGCCAUUGGCGAGUUCAUCCGCGCGCUCUACGAGUCGGAGGAGAACUGCGAGGUGGACCCCAUGAAGUGCUCGGCCUCCACGCUGGCCGACCACCAGGCCAACCUGCGCAUGUGCUGCGAGCUGGCGCUCUGCAAGGUGGUCAACUCCCACUGCGUGUUCCCGCGGGAGCUGAAGGAGGUGUUCGCCUCGUGGCGGCUGCGCUGCGCCGAGCGCGGGCGCGAGGACAUCGCCGACCGCCUGAUCAGCGCCUCGCUCUUCCUGCGCUUCCUGUGCCCCGCCGUCAUGUCCCCCAGCCUCUUCGGCCUCAUGCAGGAGUACCCCGACGAGCAGACGGCGCGGACGCUGACCCUCAUCGCCAAGGUCAUCCAGAACUUGGCCAACUUCACCAAGUUCGGGAGCAAGGAGGAGUACAUGGCAUUCAUGAACGAGUUCCUGGAGCUGGAGUGGGCCAGCAUGCAGCAGUUCCUGUACGAGAUCUCCAACCUGGACACGCUCACCAACAGCACCAGCUUCGAGGGCUACAUCGACCUGGGCCGCGAGCUGUCCACGCUGCACGCGCUGCUCUGGGAGGUCAUGAGCCAGCUCAGCAAGGAGGCGUUGCUGAAGCUGGGUCCCCUGCCCCGCUUGCUGACCGACAUCAGCGUGGCGCUGCGGAACCCUCACCUGCAGCGCCAGCCCAGCCAGGGCGAGCGGCUGCCGCCCAAGGGGCUGGUGCUGCGCGGGCCCUCGGCCGACCUGCAGCCCUACCUGGUGCGCGACCUCAACAGCUCCGUGGAUCUCCAGUCCUACAUGGUCCGGGGGCUCAACAGCUCCAUGGACGUGCCGCGCCUGCCGUCGCCGCCGCAGGAGAAGGGUCCUCCGGAGGUGCUGGUGCUGAGCCGCCCGCCGCUCGCCCGCUCCUCGCCCGCCUACUGCACCAGCAGCUCGGACCUCACCGAGCCCGAGGGCGGCCGCGGCGGCGCGCUGGGCGUGGGCAAGAGCGUCUCCAUGCUGGACCUGCAGGACGGACGCGUGGACAGCAUCCCCAGCCUGCCGGCCGAGCUGCUGGCCGGGGGCGCGGCGCCGGGGGGCGCGGGCCAAGGGGGGCUGCGGCCCGGGCGGCUCUCGCAGGGCAGCGCCUCCAGCCUGGCCCCGCCGCGCCUGGGCGUGCCCGAGCCCGGCGGGCCGCAGCUGCGGGUGCCGCUCUCCUUCCAGAACCCGCUCUUCCACCUGGCCGCCGACGGGCCCCUGCGCGGCCCCGACGGGCCCGGAGGAGGAGGAGGAGGAGGAGGGGGCGGCGGCGGGAGGGGCGAGGGGGGCGGCCCACCGGACGGGGGACACUACGUGGGGGGAGUCGCCCCGCCGCCGCUGCACGGCUACAGCAAGAGCGAGGAGCUGGCGACCCCUCCCCAAAAACACAUCACGCACAGCCACAGCUACAGCGACGAGUUCGGGCGGCCCGGAGGAGACUUCGGGCGCAGGCAGCUGUCGCUCCAGGACACGCUGGCGCCCCCCCAGAUCACCAUCGGGGCCCCCCCGCCGCCCACCCCGCGGGGGUCGCGGGCGGGAAAAGGGGGCGGGGGCCCGCAGGCGCUGGGGGUGCCCCAAAAGCCGCGCCCGGCCAGCGGGAACCUGCUGGCAUCGCCCGAGCCCGCCUACGGCCCGGCCCGGUCCCGCCAGCCCUCGCUGGCCAAGGAGGCCUCGGUGGCCGGCAUGAAACCGCCCGUCACCAAACAGGCGUCGCAGACGCCGUCCACGCUGAACCCGGUGCUGCCGGCGUCGGAGCGCACGGUGGCCUGGGUGUCCAACAUGCCGCACCUGUCGGCCGACAUCGAGAGCGCGCACAUCGAGCGCGAGGAGUACAAGCUCAAGGAGUACUCCAAGUCCAUGGACGAGAGCCGGCUGGACCGGGUGAAGGAGUACGAGGAGGAGAUCCACUCGCUGAAGGAGCGGCUGCACAUGUCCAACCGCAAGCUGGAGGAGUACGAGCGGCGCCUGGUGACGCAGGAGGAGCAGACGAGCCGCAUCCUCCUGCAGUACCAGCAGCGCCUGGAGCUCAGCGAGAAACGGCUCCGGCAGCAGCAGCAGGAGAAGGACUCGCAGAUCAAGAGCAUCAUCGGCAGGCUGAUGCUGGUGGAGCAGGAGCUGCGCAGGGAUCACUUGGGCGCCCACGACCCAUCCGAGGGCCGGCGGCGGCUGCUCGACGCUCAGCUGUCCGUCAGGUAGCGCGGCCCGGCCCCGCCAGUGGCACCGGACCCUCG